AUUGGUUUAAAGUUUGUCCCUCUGUUGAUUGUAUAAAUAAAAAAAACACCGCAAUGUGGGCUAGCAUGACAGGAGGCUACUUUUCAGAGAAAACGCUUCGUUUUACCAACACUUUCAAGUGCGUUUUUAUUUAACUACUCAUUUUUUUGGUGCUGUUUAAACAAAGACAAGGUACAAGCAGCAGCAUGUCGGUAGACAGUGUGUUUCGGACCCGGUCUCUCGGUGUAGCCGCUGAGGGUCUUCCUGACCAGUACGCCGAUGGGAAAGCAGCGAAGGUGUGGGAGCUGUACAUCGGAGACACGCAGAGCAGGACGCAGGAGUACAAAAGCUGGGUGGUGUCGCUGCUGAAGCAACACGGGGUGCGGAGCGUGCUGGAUGUAGCCUGCGGGACGGGAGUCGACUCCAUCAUGCUGGUGGAGGAGGGAUUUAACAUGGUUAGUGUUGAUGCCAGUGACAAAAUGCUCAAGUAUGCACUAAAGGCCCGAUGGGACCGAAGAAAAGAGUCGGCUUUCGAUCAGUGGGUCAUUGAAGAAGCCAACUGGCUGACGCUGCAGGAGGACAUCCACAAACCAGCAGACGGCUACGAUGCUGUCAUCUGCCUCGGCAACUCAUUUGCUCAUUUACCAGACUUCAAAGGGGACCAAAGCGACCAGAAGUUGGCUCUUCAUAACAUUGCCAGCAUGGUGAGACCAGGGGGCAUCCUCAUCAUCGACCAUCGUAACUACGACUACAUUCUGGAGACGGGACGGGCACCACAAGGAAAAAACAUCUACUAUAAGAGCGACCUGACGCAGGACAUCACCACCUCAGUGCUGUGGGUCAACAGUAAACCCCACAUGAUCACUCUGGACUACACCAUCCAUGUGCCCAAGGCUGUGCACCAUAACCUCCCUGAAGUCAGCAAGUUCCGCCUGUCCUAUUACCCCCAUCGCCUAGACAGCUUCAAGGAGCUUCUGAAGGAGGCCUUUAACGGUAAGAUGGAGCACAGCGUCUACGGAGACUUCCAGACGUACGUUCCAGGACAUUCCCAGCCGCCUUGCUACUUCAUCCACGUCUGUAAGAAGACGGCCUAGAAGAGCUGCUCCAACGAGUCUUUCAAUCCUGCAGUCUUGGGUUUAAAGCUUCAAGUCAUUUUACUGUAAUCCAUGAACGGUGUAAUCCAUGAACGGUGACUCAGACCACAUCGUACUGCAGAACGAUGAUUAAGGAAGCUCAGAUACAGUAAAGGGUACAAUCUGCUGUGACAGAUCUAAAAAAAAAAAAAAACUAUUUUUUGUUUUUGUGCAUUUAAAAUGUACUGGACCAUCAUUUCCCUCAAUGUGCUGCUGUUGCAUUCUCUGAUUCUUCUGCCUAUAUGUUUUUGAGCAUGUGUCAGAAUGGUGCUGUACGUAGUACAGUUAUAUGCUUUUGUGUAUUUAAUUUACCACAUUGGUCUUAAAAAGAAAACAUUAAUAGGAUGAAUCUGACAGUCCUUUAAACAAUGUCCUGCCUGUUAUGUUUGGGUCUGCUGCUUUUCUUUAGGCCUUUGACGGGCACUAAAUGAUUAUUAAUAGAGUAUUUAAAUGUUUUAAAAUGUUGGUCUCUCUUGCUUUCUCCUGAAAUAGUACUUUCACAGAAGUAUUAGUGAAUGCUGUGAAUAUUUCUAACAUCUAUUUGGAGCCAAACAACAUCAAGAAGUCUCCUUGAAGUGUCCUUUAUCUUUCCAUGAACCUUCCAUCAGCUAAAGGUGCUACCGCUAAAACGGUUCUAUAGCUGGAAAGUUUCCAAAACAUCAUGUGUUUACUUUUUACACUUGAAUAGUAUUAUUUUAGAAUGAACAAAGUUGUGCACUUUUAAUUUUUCCUCAAAUGGAUUAUCCAUUACAAGGUUUUAUCUGGAAAGUUAAUGGGAUCACACUGAUAAUUGAGUAUAUAAUUAACAAAAAUAUCCCGUUCGCCAUUGAAGCAGAGACCUAACCUGCACUUUGAUGCUUUAGAUCCAAAGAUGUUUAGAGAACCCCAGAACCACUUUUGAAAGCCGUUACACGGCACAAAACACGCGGUCCAAAGAUCAACAGUAUUCUUGGAGAACUUUAACAUAAAUGUACAAUCUUUAAGUUGCCAAAGCUUUCAUAAAUAAAGUGAAAAAGACUGGA